CAGAGACUCACACACACUCACACUGUGUCUCUCAGGAGGUCUCCGAGCCUCUCAGUCAGCUUCUAGUGUUAUUGGCCGGUGGGGUCGGCGCUGCUGGUGCAGACAAGGAGCAAGUCUUACUCAUCAACACUUUCAUCAUCAGCUCAGACACACCAAGCGCUGCCGCUGCCUUCAACCCAACACAACGUCAUUUUGGAAGCGAGAGAGAGAGAGAAAGUGAUCCUCCCAGGUUGGGAAGUAACUCGCCUCCUUGUCGCUACUUCUGUCUGACUUUGCGCUCGCUCCAACCUGACAGCGCCGCUCCUGCACCUCCUGCACAUCGGGACCCCGGGCCGGACAGUAGCGCAACACUCGGACAAUUGUCACCGGCGCAUCUUGCUCUUGAGAGGCGUGAGCUCCGCACCGACUACUGCAGCAGCCACAGCAGCACCGGACGGAUUGUUGUAUUAUUAUUAUUAUUUGUGCGCUGACGACUGGGAGUGCAGCGACUUUCUACUCCUCCCCGUCUCCCUGGCUGUGGCUCGGUGCCCUCUCCUCCAGACUCGGCUGCCGGGCCAAGGGAAUGGGCGGAGGAAUCUGCCGGAGCUCCCGGGACUAGUGAAACGGCACCUUCCCCUAUUGCUGCUGCUGCUGCUGGUGCUACUGGGCUAAUCACCCGCCGCUUCUCUGCAAUCCAACUGGCAACUGAGCAACAUGAACUACAUCACCUCCAUCCUGGGCUAUCUGUUACUGCACCUGUUUGUCAUCUGCCUACAAGCCCAGGUAACUGUUCAGUCCCCACCUAAUUUUACACAGCAUGUGAGGGAGCAGAGCCUGGUGACCGACCAACUAAGCCGACGGCUCAUCCGAACCUACCAGUUGUACAGCCGGACCAGCGGCAAGCAUGUGCAAAUCCUGGCGAACAAGAAGAUUAACGCCAUGGCAGAAGACGGCGACCCACACGCCAAGUUAAUCGUGGAAACAGAUACGUUUGGAAGCAGAGUUCGCAUUAAAGGUGCGGAGACUGGUUACUACAUCUGCAUGAACAAAAAAGGGAAGCUGAUUGGGAAGACUAAUGGAAGGGGCAAAGACUGCGUCUUCUCGGAAAUUGUCCUUGAAAACAACUACACAGCUCUGCAGAAUGUCAAGUACGAAGGCUGGUUUAUGGCUUUCACAAGAAGGGGUCGCCCAAGGAAAGGGUCGAAGACAAGGCAACAUCAAAGAGAAGUCCACUUCAUGAAGAGGUUGCCAAAGGGACACCACACCACAGAACCUCAUAAACGUUUUGAGUUUAUUAAUUACCCUUUCAAUAGAAGAAGUAAAAGAACUCGAUAUUCAAGUUCUCGGUAGGACACGGUUUCUCACUACGUUCCACAGACUUCAUAAAAACAAAACAGACUACUCUAUUCUAAUAUAAAAUAAGAAUAAAAAAGAAAUCACGAACUAGCUGUUUUAUAUAUAAAUAUACAUAUAUAUAUAUAUUUUUGUUUUUACAAAAGAUGAUCUAUUUUUUUAUUCCUAUGAACCUUUUUUUUCUAAGAAAAGCGGAUGAAAUGUACGGACUUACAAAAAAAUUUGCUCUUCGUAUAGAUUUUAGUUUUUUUUUUUUAAUAACUAGCAAAAAAUGUUGUAGGUGAAGAUGGACCUGGGACCAAAAGUGCUACUUACAGACAAAACACUUAACCAAAAGAUAAAUAAGGAACCGGAAGAAGAACCUCAAGCAGGGUUUUUUUAUUUGUUCAAUUUCCUGAACUCCUUUGCAGAAGAGUUGAGUUUUUAUUCUUGAAUGCUUUUGAUUAUUCUUAAGAGCUGCUUUUUCAUAGAUUCAGUUUCCUUAAUGGAAACGUAGAAUGACCUGGUUGAAACAGGUUCUCAUGAUGAGCAAAAAUGUUGUGUUGUUUUUUUUUUUUCUGCCAACAAGGACAAAUCAUCUUUGACAUAAAAAGACCUCAAGACGUGCAACUGCAUGACGAUGAAAUGAAAUGCAUCCCAGUGGUAGGAAACAGUUGUAAGAAAUAGUCAUGAAAAAAGUAAUAAUAUUGUUAUUAUUUUUUUUAAAAAAAACACUGUACAAAUGUCAGUUGUCUGGCAAGACCUUUGUCCUUUUUUUCAAGGAUAUGUGUACAUAUUAAUAUUAAUGAUGGAAAUAUUUAUUUAAAUGUGUAUUAAAAUUUGUACUAGUAUUA